CUUUCACAAGCGAUGAAUUGUCGUAGAAUAUAAGGCAGAUGUUGCACGCGUCGUUUCGCGCAGCGCACACAUAGUACGGUACAAACGUACGCGAGACAAUCUCUCUUAUACUCUUAUAUACCUCUACGCGUUCGCAUCGUAUACGUAAUGUUUUCCCUCGACUAAACUAGAUUACGACUAUUAUCUGCACACACGCACGCAACGCCGAAUUAUCAUCUUCCCCUCUCUCUCGAUAUCGAGAGUCUCUCGGCACACGCCCACGCAAACGAUUUUGGAUUAUUUGUUGGUAAUUCUUUUGGCAAGUGUGUAUAAAAGUUCGUUUACUGGAUGACGAUCGCGUGACUCUCGUGCGUUUCUCUAUCUACUACCCCUCCGAAAAAAGAAAAGCCCUAGGUAUCGUACAGUGUCUGCUGCUGCUGCUGCUGCUGCUGCUGCUGCUGCUGCUGCCGAGCGCGUGUUGGCGCGUACACAUACGCGCGAAUUUGUGCUUUGAUGUAAGCGUGUAUGUGUCUGUGCACGUGUGUGUGUGAUAGUUGUGUGCGAAGAGGCCAAAGUUCGCGGCGCAAAGUUUUCGUAAACGUGUGUGUUGUAUAUUGCGCCGUUGCAUCUUCGCUUUUGGUUUGGCCGACUUUUCGGCUUGGCUAAUAUACUACCCCACACGCGUAUAACACACACACACACUACGGUAGGCCUUUGAUGCAGAGUAAAACGGGACGUACCACCAGAGAGAUAGAAAAAGCAUAAUAGCGCAUACUAGUAGUACAAGCCAGUAAAAAAAAAGGAAAGUACAUACGUACAAAAAACCCACACUGCCAGAAGAGAGCGACAGUGGCACAGCACCACCACCACCAUCACCAUCACCACCGAGAAGCGAGGGGUUGUUGGCAUCCACGAUGUGACUUGGUACAAAAGGGCGAAUUCUCUCUCUCCCCGCCCGCCCGCCUCCCCCUCACCUCACCUCACCUCUCUCUUUCUAUCUUCCGCACGUAUAGCUUAUACAUAUAAUAGGCGGUAGGAGUGAGUAGCGGCAGCGACGGCAGCACAUGGAUUUCGCGAAAGAUAAGGGCGGCAGAAGACGAAGAAGAAGAAGCAGCGGAGCAUAGAGAGAAGACUGAGAACACACGCACGUCCGUGUGCGUGCGUGUGUGUGUUUUGCGAGAGGAGCGAAGAAGAGAGAGAGAGAUAGAUAGAUACAAGACAGCAGUUUUGCAGCAGAAGAAGACGAGGCACUUUUUUCUUCUGCGCUCGGAUCCCCGCCGCCCAAGCGUCUUCUUUUGGCUGCCAAGAUGAAGCACAUGCCGCUCGAAUACUGCGGCUGCACGGCCAUGGACCGGCGCUGCGCCGCUCCCAUGAUACCCUGGAUCAUCAGCGAGAUCAAGAAGAAAAACGUGCCGCAGAAGGUGAACGUGUUGGUGGCGUCGGGCGACGUAUCGGCCUACGUGACGAACAAGGAGCAGCCGCUGUUUAGACAUUCGUUGCGCGCCUGCCUCAAGCCUCAAGUCGCGCCGCCCGCCAGUCAGGACCCCAAGGGCGGCACCUUCCUCUACAUGAUCAAAGGCAACGAGGGCCUCUACUAUUAUCAUCUCUUCAGGGCCAAAGAUGCCGAGGCGGUGCAAGAAUUGUUCGGCGCCAUGAAGGAGCAGUCGUCGUCGUCGAGGACGCUCGACCGGACCGACGGCGCCCGAGAGAGCAGCAUGAUGAGGGAGGCGCCGCAGCGAUCGCUCAGCAGCGCCGCGGCCCUCACGUCGAUCGCCGACAUAUCGCCGAGCUCGUCGCACUUCUUCGAGGUAUUGUACGUGGGCAAGACUCGGAUAGCCCACGCCAAGGUGCCCGAGUCCUUCAUCGACGACGUGCUCGUGCGCUUUCAGACGCAGCGCGGUCUCGAGAAGUCCAAAUCGUCGGCCGGUAGCCUGCUCAGCGACUGCCACCAGCUGAGGCAGCAAUCCAGCGCUUCCAAUCUGUUCGCCAACAUCCGACGCGACAGCCAGGAUUCGAGUACCGGCAGCGAUCUCGGCAGCGUCGAGAACGUCACGUCGCCCACUAUCGUCACGUCGCCCUCGUUCCCAACGGCGGCGGUGCCGACGACGCCCGGCUCUCUCGAAAUAACGACGACGACACCCGCGGAGCUGACGACGACGUCGCAGACGAUGAUGAUGCCGCCACCGCAGACCAUACCGAUACCGAAGAAGACCCUGAGCAUGCCACCGGGCGCCGACGCGGCCAUGGCCACCACGAGAAAUCGCGCCGCCUCGACCGGCAACGUGAUGAUGAUGAGCACGGCGGCACAGCAACGCAGAGACUCGUCGGUCAGGGAGAACGAGGAUCUCAAUCGCACCAUGCUGUUCCAGGUCGGCCGCCUGGAUCUCCGGCUCAUCAGUCCAGAUCGCAAGAAGGUGCUGCUGCACAAGCAGCUGCGCGACGUGGCGAGCUGCGUCCAGGGCGUCGCCAACCCCGAGCACUUCGGCUUCAUCUGUCGCGACGGCGCCGGGGGCGGCUCCGAUCGUUUCGUCGGCUUCAUCUUCAAGUGCCAAUCCGAGUCGGUGGCGGACGAGCUCGUCGGCGCCAUAACCCAGGCGUUCAUGGCCUCGGUCGACGGACUCGGCGGCGGUGGCGGUGUCGUCAAUGUCAGCAGCAGUGGACAACCCAGCGGCAGCCGGAUGAAGGAGCGCCCGGUGAUCUCGUGCGAGCACUGCCCCAUGGUCUGGUACAGCAAGCUCGUGCAGGAGAUCGAGGCGCAGCCCGCCACCCGGGUCCAGUCGAUCAUAUUCUCGCGGCUGGAGAUGCUGCCCGAGGAGGACCAGGUGAUCAUCGUCACCAAGUACAAGGGCGCCGAGUCGAUCAACGACGUCGACGCAGGCGCGAGCCUCAACGAGCAGAACAAGUUUCUCAUGAGGCUGCUGCGGGCUCACUGCGAGGCCAAGCAGAUGCGACACGUGCACGAUACCGCCGAGAACAGGAGCGAAUUUCUGAACCAGUAUCUGAGCGUCGGAGUCGGCAGCACGAUAUUCAUGAAGGCUAAGCGCUCGCUCACUAACAGCUUCGACCAUCUGAUGAAGCGCAAGGGCUCGAAGGACGACUUCGGCCUGAGCGGCCAGCUAGGUAUGAACGGCACCAAGCCGAAUCUGUUGAGUCCGGUGACACCCACGGGCGGAUCGAACGGCGGAAUCGCUUCGUCCAACGCGUCCAUGGUGGAUCUCAGUCCGGAGUCCCAGCGGCCGCGCUCGCUCAGGGUCUCGCCGGAGCAGCAGAUCAGCCUGACGACGGCCAGUCCGAAGAGUCCGAUGAUGGACAUCUUUUUGAAAGUUGGAAAUUCACCAAAAAUGUCGCCGCCCGAGAGCAGCGGCGAGGGCGCGAGCAGGCCAGGCCAGCAACAAAGCGGCUCUUGGCGUCAGGCCAUUCUCAACAGCGUCGUCACGCCGGGCAAAGAUAAGGAUAACAAAGACGCCAACACGAAGAACAACGCCAAUAAUCUCAACAAUAACAAUAUCAAUCAAGAGCAGCAGGCGGCGCCGGCCAAACGCAGCAGAGAGGAGCUGCGCGCCAUGUGGAAGAAGGCCAUCAACCAGCAGCUGAUCCUCAUCAGGAUGGAGAAGGAGAACGCGCGAUUGCGAAUUCGCCAAGAGGAGGCCACGGUGAAAAGAAUAAAGCUGGAAUACGACGAGCUGAGUAGUUGCAAUCGCCAACUAGUCGAAGUCUGGGAUUUGCUCGUUAGCAAAGAAUCCAGGGUAUCGACGAAAUGCGACAAUCAGAUGCUACUACAAGCUAUCAAACAAGGCGUACCUCGAGGCAAACGCGGCGAAGUCUGGCAAUUUUUGGCCGAGCAGUUCUGCAUGAAGCAGCCGCCCCUCGACACCCGCGACUUCCCGAACUACAACACGCCGUACGAGCUGCUGCUCAAGCAGCUCACGUCCCAGCAGCACGCGAUCCUCAUCGAUCUCGGCCGCACCUUUCCCAAUCAUCCGUACUACAGCUCGCCGCUGGGGCCGGGCCAGCUGGCCCUUUUCAAUCUGCUCAAAGCCUACUCGCUGCUCGACCACGAGGUCGAGUACUGUCAGGGUCUGAGCUUCGUCGCCGCUGUACUGUUACUGCACAUGUCCGAGGAUCAAGCUUUCUUCCUUCUGCGUCACUUGAUGUUCCGACGAGGUCUGAGGAAACUCUACCUGCCGGACAUGGCGGCGCUGCAAUUGCACCUUUAUCAGCUGUCAAGAUUGCUGCACGACAGACUGCCCGACGUCUACAGUCAUUUCGACAAACACGAGGUCUCGCCAACUUUGUACGCGACGUCUUGGCUUUUGACAAUUUUCGCUAGUCAAUUCCCGCUGGGUUUCGUUACCAGAGUUUUCGAUUUACUAUUUCUUGAAUCAUCGGAAGUUAUAUUCCGCGUGGCUCUUGCUUUGCUCGAGGAGCAUCAAGAUCAAUUGUUGAUAUGCGACAGUUUUGAAGAAAUCAUGGAAUAUUUAAAGACCAAAGUGCCAGCUGUAGACAACAAUACCUUGGACAGAGUCAUGAAGCGAGUCUUCUAUCCCGACAUGGAGAUGGCGAAACAAUUGAACGAGUACCGGGUCGAGUAUCAAGUCCUGCAGGAGGAGAUGCUGUCGGUCAAGCCUCAAAUCGAGAACAUGGAGAAGCUCGAGGCGAUGAACAAGGAGCUGCUCGUCCGUAAUCAGCAACUGCAGGAUCAGUUCGACGACGCCAUGCGCAACAUCAAGCACCAGGAGGCCGGGCGCAAGCAGCAGCUGGCGACGCUGCACCGGCUCGAGUCGCAGAAUCGCAGCCUCGAGGUCACCAUCUUCACCAUGGGCUCGUUCAUCCAGCAGAUGAUCGACCAGGGCGUCGACGUCGAGAUACCGGGCGACGUGCGGCGCAUCGUCAAUCAGCUGAUGACCGCGGAGAAGCGGCGCAGCAACAACAAUCUGCGCACCCUGCCCAAUCGCAUACCCGAGGACAACAACAACAGCAAGUACGACAUGCAGAAGAGCAACAGCACGGGCAAGGACUCGCGACUCAUGAAGACCCAGAGCAUGAUCGGCACGCCCUAUCCGCUCAAGUCGGCGCUCAGCCAGCCGAAUCUCGGCUCGAAGCUCGAGAAGUCGUUCUCGUCCUUCUUCGCCAACUCGCACAAUCACAUCAAGCAGCAGCGCGAAUUGAGAAGGGGGGACGGCCCGGCUGGCAGCAACGAGCAGGUCAAUCAAGGCGGCAUCGUUGUUCCUGCCAACGACGAGAACGACCCGAAGACCGUCAAUAUCGACAUACAGAUUACGGACACGAUGCAGCAGCAACAGUCCGAGCCAGCGAACGGGGCUCUUACGCUAGAUCCUGACUCCAAUUUGAAGAUCAACGCUUUCGGUUCGUUGGAGAAGUCUGUUUCUUUACCAAGAAACGCAAAAAUACCUCUCAAGUCUUCAAAGUCAGCUUACGAGCUAGGAAGCGUAAAGAAAAUAUUGACGACGAAGCUCGAGGACGUGCAGUCCGAGUCGAUAUCGAACCUCACCGGCUCGAUGCAUCCGCUGGACACCUGCAGCGACGUCAACUUCACGUACGGCGGCACGACCAAGCUCAAGUGCCUGAAGCCGGUACGCGCGACUAGUGGCGGCAGCGCUGGUGCCGGUCAUCAGCAGCAAAACGGCACCGCCACCAGUCCCGACAACAACAAUCGAGAGAUGCAGCAGCAGCAGCAGACGCAGAUACUUAGCAGAUAGCAAAAACUGCUCAUAAUGAAGCAACAGCAGCAAUGUCCUCAAGCGCACGUCGUUAACGACAACGACAUGACGACCGCGGCGAGCAAUUGUCAAUUGAUCGAUUAUUACAAUUAAUUCAACUGUUGCCGUCGAAAUAUGCCCUCCUAUGAAACACUUAUACCGCGGCACAUGCUUCGCGCGCAUCUGUACGAGAUGUAUGUGCCGAAAUUAUUAUACAACGUACUUUUUCGUAUUAUGUAUUGCCAAAUAUUUAUCCAUAAGCCGUUCAGUUGCGUCUAUCUCCUUGUACGCUAAUUUUUACAUUCGUACGAUUGACUUGUAACAGGAAGACGACGUGCGAUAGCAGUUUUAGAUAGACUAAAAUGAGAAUUAUAUGUAUAUGAAUAUAUUAGGAAUUAUAUAUGAGUAUAUAUAGAAACUCGAACGAAAAGCAAAAAUGGAAAAGGAAAUCGCAUAUCUUACGAGUCAUAUAACAAAAUAAUCAGAAGCAAAAAACAAAAAAUAUGAAUUAAACAAAAGUAAUUUUUAGUGCCUAAGUUGACGGAAUGAAUUGGUUUUUGUGUAUGCAUGAAAAAUAAAGAGAGAACGAAAGAGGUAAUAGUAUUAAAUAUAGAUAGGAAAAUGAAAGCAAACAAAAAAUAUCCUCGUCCGAUGAAAUCGGUAUUGUAACUGAUGAUCGUCAGCGUAUAGAAAAAAAUCUACACCGUACUUCAUUAUGACGUUCUCGUAGAUUGUUGUCAUAUACAUAGAUAUUGUAUACGUAAACUCCGUAAUAAAAGGAUAUUUGUAAUUUUGUAAAAUAUAUUUUUAGCGUGCUGAUCAUAUGUUAUCGAGUAAAUAUAGUUGCUAAGCUGCAUGUCAUUGUUUACGUUGCUUUUUGUAGUCCCAUUUGCAUGAGAUGAGAUAAAAAAAGUAUACUCAAAAGACGAUUUUAAUUGUAAAUUCAUCAAAAAAGGUUUUAAAGCUCUUCCAAUGUAUAAACGAAUAAUUGAGAUUACUUAAAAGUCGAUUCUUUGUUAGCAAAGUCCGAACAAAACGUUUCUUUCUAUUAAAUGCAACUUCCGAGACUGCGACAGUGAGUUCACGUGAUAAAUGAGAGAAAAUAACAAUUGCCAUAAAAAAAUGUUCAAUCGGAAAAAAUUAUAAUAAAUAAUGAAAGAUAAAUUAAGGAAAUAUUUUGUAGAAUUUAGAUUUAUAUAAUAACAUAACAAUUAUGCUAUGUAAUACUAUAGAUCUUAGAUGAUAGCAUGAUUAAGUUUUUAUUUGAAUUAAUGAAAUGAUAAAACUUGGACUUCCGCCAAGAUCAACAAAUAUUAAAAUGAAGUACGAUGAUGAUUGAGAAAUGAAAAAACGAGAAACUAUUAAUACAUUAAAAUAGGACGCAAUUAAGGGAAAAUACAUAAUCGUGGCGUAUUAAAUAUGACAUAGACUUAAAAUAUCUCUAUUUAGUCGUAUAGAACUUGUGAUGUUCGUUCGUAGACAUGAGAAAAAUCUCAAUGAGGUAAAUUAAUAUAUGUGUUUUACUGACUUAAAAUAUUGUACAUUGGAUUAGACAACCAUUUUAUUUAUGUUAAAACUAUUAUCUGUUUUUUCUAUUGAGUUUUAUGUUAAAGCAAUGAAAAAAUAUGGCAAUAUUAACUCAUUCUCAUUACAUAGAUAAAUGUGAUAAAAUGAAAUCUACACUCUAUUGUAUUAUAAAAUAUAAUGUUAUUACGUUUUUUUUUGCAAUAUAUAUAUCUUUUUCUGUGUAAAUUUGUUGUUGUUUGUUCGUUUUUAUUUUUUAAGUACGAUAGGUCUUACUUAAAAAACACAACUGUUGCGCGAACAUUUUAUUAAAUUUUUUGUUCGGGUAAUGAAAUAUGCGAACUUUAUGGUCUUCCGUCUUUUAAAAAUCAAGUAACAAUUGUUUCCCACACUACUUUUGUAAAAUCCUCGUUGUAAAUAAAGAUAAAGUUAUUUUUUAAUGUAAUCUCGAAUAAAAUGAAUUGGCGACAAUUAAA